UCUCAGGAGAGACCAUGGGACUUACGAAUUUCAUGCUCACUGUGGCCGGUGUUGGCGCCGCUUUUCUUCUGCUCAGGACUGAUGUGAGGCAAUCGGCGGCUAUUUUCAGGCGCAACGUCAAGCACAUCCGCAACUGGCUGGAAGAAGAAACUGCCGCUUCAUCGAAGGCAAUGGAUAAGUCCUCUCCAAAGGAACUUGAAUCGAAGCUUCCUCCUAAAGACACUCCCAAGGAGGACAGGCACUAAUGCUUUUGCAAGUGGUGGGGGUGUUUAUUGCGGUCAUCUUGUUGUAUGUAUUUAAUUAUCCUUUUUCUUUAAAUUUUGAGUUUUUGAGAGCUUGCAUUAACUUUCUGGUGAAACGAUUCUUCAUCUAUGUUUAUUCGUAGAAUCUGUAGUCUUGUAUAUAUCUUUCAAGAAGAAAGGUAUUCCAUUUCCACCCAACGAAGCUCCACUUCUCAUAAGCAUUUGCGCUUGAUUGAUUGAAAAUGCUGAGAAUUUUAUUUUGCAGCCUCAGAAUGUUUCAACUUUCAGUUUGCUGUCUUUUUUCUUCACUGCCCAAAGGUGACAUAUUAUUCCACCGCAGAGGCAUGCACAUGUCUUGGAAGGAGAAUCAAUUUGCCCUGACCCGUAUCUGAGUUAUGCUCACUCACCCUUGCAUUCCAUUUUGCGGGAUGAAACGUGAUAUUUUUAAAAGAAGGGUAAAUGUUACUUCUGUCAUGAUGUCUGGCUUUCGCAAUAAUCCUAGGGUGAAAUAAUUCUUACUCCUCCUUGUCCCCAAUACCAUGAUGCGAAAACAUGAGUGAGGCUUAUAGCUAUUACUCAUAUUUUCAAUAAAAUCAAUGGUAAUGUGAAGUGGUCUUGGAGGCGAUGGUUGAACGAAUAGCUGCCAACAUACGGCCUUUUUAUUUUUUAACUCAAUGCCGAAUUAUGCCACUCAUGUUAUGUUCCUUGCAGGAAAAUACAAAGGAUCAUCUAGAUUCCUCAGUAGUUUUCUGCCUUGAGUAGCUAGUUUCCUUCCUCUUAACAAUUUAAUGGUGUGUGACAGUGUUUUGCUUUAACUAGCCUUUUCUGAGUGCGGACACCCAUCAGUUUGGCACUGUGUAUUAUAAGUAUCAAGUAUGUAUUUCCUAAGCUUUGUGUGCGUCAUCAAAGAUUGAUGAUCUUGUGUGUGUCAUCAAAACCAAUCGGAAUCCUCACAGCAGAAGGGGACAAGAUAGGAGUGGAGAAGUUGAAGUGCAGAGUUAGAUGAUGCCAAAUCCGCUUGGACCUAUCAGUAAUUUUCUCUUUUGAUUAUGUAUCGUUCAUUGAAAUCAGUGCACUCCACUUAAUAUAAAUUGUAUGUUGUAGUCUAUAAUCCACUUCAUUAUUUUAUUCUUUACUUGUGUAAUAUGUAACAAAACUAUUAAAUAAGCAUAUUACGAAGAUAAGAUGAGAGAGACAAUGUAAAAUUAUUUUAAUUGCAAUGAGAUCAUUAACUAUUUUAUGUCA